ACUGUCCGAAACAAGAUAUGUUUUAUCAUGGGAUAUUGACCUUCUUUCUACUCAUAGGAUAUAUGCAAAUAACAGCAGCUUAUUCUGAGAUGUAUUGGACUCCGCCUUCUGAUUUCUUUCUGACGUGCAUACUGGCCAACAAAUCUGUCAGUUAUCCACUGUUCAGUGGAAUUUUACAGAAUAAGUCAGAUAUCUCUGGGAAGCAUGAUAUAUCAGAGGACAGGUCGGAGUUGAGAUGUACCUAUUUACCUGAUUUAAAAUCACAAGAACAUGUUUUAUGUUGCCUCUGGGAUAAUUCAAACACAAACAUCUCAAGUCAAAAUACAGUUGCAGAGUUAAGGGAGAUGCUUUUCUCAAGCUUUGCACCAGAUAUCCAACUAGAAGAUUUCACCUGGAAUGUGCAGUGCUCAUCUGGGGAGAAAACAAAUACGCUAAUUUGUGACUUGCAAUUAUUACAAGAAACACAGCACAUCAUAAACGAUUAUCAAAUUAGUCUUCAUUAUGCUUUAGUUGCAAAGAGUGAGCUGAGAGGCACAGCUGAUUGCAGAUGCUUUGGAUAUGAGAAAUGUGAGUGUGUUGUACCAUCUGUAAAGUUCAAUGACUCCUGUAUCCUGUGGAUUGAAAUCCUGAAUAUCACAGCACAUCUUCAGUCCCCACUUAUGUCUGUUGUACCUUACAGUAUAGUCAAGCCUGAUCCUCCUGAUGACUUACAAGCGAAAAUAAUGAAACAAGGCACAUUAAAGGUGUUUUGGUUAAAACCCAUCUCUGCUGCUUAUGAGCUCAAGUAUCAAGUAAGAUAUUCUGUGAAAGCACCAGAGACAAACUCACAGGUAUAUCUGCUGGUCAACGAAACAUCAGUGAUCAUCAGUGAUAUCCAACCCUGUACAGAAAUGUCAAUAGAAGUACGAUGCAUAAACUCACACAAAACAGGACUCUGGAGUAACUGGAGUAAAACAUGGGUUCUGAAUUCACAAGAUGUGUUCUACUACCCGAAAAAAGUUUUGGCUAGUAGUGGCUCGAGCAUGUCUGUCUCCUGCUUGUUUUGUGACAACGGCAAGAAAGUUCCAUCCGGUAAUAUCACAUGGUGGCUGAAUUUUGGGGAGAAGAUACCAGAGCAUCAGUAUAGAGCAAUCAGUGAUUAUUUUAGCGAAGUGACCUUGACUGACCUCAACACAACCAAACCAAAGGGAAAGUUCCGAUAUGAUGCCUUACACUGCUGUAUUAACCAUAAUGAAUGCCAUCAUCGGUAUGCAGAAAUUUAUGUUUUAGAUGUGAACAUCAGUAUUUCAUGUGAAACUGAUGGGAAUCAAAAAAUGAUGACGUGCAGGUGGAGCUCUGAAAAUAUUACACUACCUGAAGGAAGUUCCCUACAGUUCAAAUAUUAUAGAAACAAACUUUAUUGUUCAGAUAAGGAUUUAAAAGGCAAUGUGCCAAUUUCAAAAGAUUGCGAGUUACAGAUGGAUGGAUUCUAUGAAUGCACGUUUGAGCCUGUUCAUCUUGUCUCUGGCUACAUUAUGUGGAUUGAGAUACACCACCAAUUAGGAGCACUUCAUUCUCCCCCUGUUUGUGUCCUUCCCAUAAAUACAGUAAAACCACUUGCUCCAUCAAGAGUCAGAGCUGAAAUGACUAAGGGUUCUGGGUACUUAUAUGUGAGUUGGAAAAGGCCUGCACUUCCAUCCACUGAUCUUCAAUUCCAAGUCUGUUACCGUUUGCAAAACAAAGGAGUAAUAUGGAAGGUGCUGGAUAUUUUCAAAGAAGAAUUUGCUAGUGUACAGGUUCCAGAUAUCUGUGCCUCAUACACUGUCCAAAUAAGUUCAAAAAGAAUAGAUGGGGCCGGCUACUGGAGUGAUUGGAGCCAACCUGUGCACACUGUUGUAAGAGACAUUAGAGUUCCUUUGCAAGGACCAGCUUUCUGGAGAACUACUCCCAUGAAUAAUCCCAUGAAGAAAGGGGAAAAUAUUACCCUUUUUUGGCAGCCAUUACCGACAAAACAAUCUCUAUGUUCUAUCCAAGGAUAUGAGGUCGUUCUUCAAAAUUCGAAAAAUUUUACCUGGUCGAAAUAUGUAGGAAACGCAACAAAGCAUACUUUCACUUUAUCGGAUAAUGCUGUAACAGUUACACUUCUAGCUGUCAACUCCCUUGGAUAUUCUUUGACAAACAGCAAAUUAACAUUUUCCUGUGAAAUGAGUACAGUUACAUCUGUGGCGUCACUGAGAGUGUACCUUAUGAACAACACUUGUGCAGUGGCAGUAUGGACUAUGUUGCCCAAAAGGGACAUGCCAUUGGAAUUUAUUGUUGAAUGGAAGAAUCUUGGGAAUGAAAAAAAGGUACGGUGGAUGAAUAUCCCGGGAAACGCGAGCAGGUGUUAUAUUGAAGACAAUUUUUUUGCCAUUGAGAAACAUCAGUUUAGUCUGUACCCAAUAUUUCCAGAAGGAGUUGGUGGUUCCAAAGUUAUAAAAGGUUUCUCUACAGUGGAAAUAACUGAAGCACCAAAAGAUACAGGCUUGUAUGUUAUAUUACCAGUCAUUAGUUUUUUUGCCCUUUUGCUCAUGGGAACAAUACUAAUAUCUCAUCAAAGGAUGAAACAAAUAUUUUGGAAAGAUGUACCAAAUCCAAAGCACUGCUCUUGGGCUCAGGGUGUCAAUUUUGAAAAGCCAGAUACACUAGAAAACCUUUUCAGGAAACAUUACAGACACCCAGCAAAUGGUUUUCGAUUCCUCUAUGAGCCUGAAGCAGUUAUUAAAGACUUGAAGAUUGACAAGCAAGUACCAAAUGAAAUCACUGAUAAUAUUUCAAAGGCUAUCAGUUUAUUUACCGCAACUGAAGAACCUGGCCAUGACUCUGCAUCAAAUCAUUUUAACAUCGAUUGUGCUCUUGAAAAUGACCAUCAAGAAAUGGUAUACAGCAGCAUUUGCCAAUCCAGUAUUAAAUAUGCAACAAUUUUGGGUAAUGACCAGCAGUGUAGAAAAUAUAGCAGUGAACGGAAAACCAGCCUCAGCUCUUUUGAUGGUUGCCUUCUAGGAAAUAGUUCUAUGGUGAUUGGGAAUCACGAUGUUGAUAAGCAUACAUUGGUCUUCCUAGCUGGGCUACACACAAAACAGCCAAACAAAAUAUGUUGUAAUUCUACUGUGUCUUCUGAAGGGUCAUGUGAAUCACUGGAUCCUGAAGAAAGCUUUUUGGAUGCUGAUGGCCUGGAAAGAAACCUGUACUACCUGGAAUUUGGUUCAGUUCAACAAUGCGGACAGCAGGAAUACUAUUCAGAGAAACCCUUGGGGACGUUUCACUAUAAAGAAAAUAUCUCAUAUAAAGAGAUUGAUUUUAAAAAAGACAAAGAUCCAGAAUUUAUAGAUAACUAUGAUAUCAAAAGUUCAUUUCAGAAGACCUUCUUGUGUUACAUGCCACAGUUUCAGAAACAUUCCAUUACACUACCUGGGGAAAUGGAAGCUGAAACACUUAAUUUGUGCACAUGAAAUAUUGUUAUUGUGUUCAGAAUUAAUGCAUGCAAAGGAACUGCUAUUUUAAAUCUUUCUAAAUCUAAAAGUGUACAGCACAUGACUGGUAGAAAACCAGUAAAGUAUGUUGGUCAUUAAUGCCCUUGCAAAAGGAUAUUUCUAAGUGAGAAACAACACCUCAGAAUAGCUUUUAUUUCUGUAUCUGUGGUCACAAGCAGAAUGGUUAUUUUUAAAUAUAAUUUAUGUAGAGCUUCACAAUUUGCCUUACAGAGAUUCAUCUUGACAUAUAUUCUCAGCCUGGUACUCCAGCACUGAGCUCUGCAUAGGAAUAUCUGCAGGUGUUGAAUUCAAUUUGUGUUUGUUAUGAGUUGAUAGAGUACUGAUCAUUUUGGGAAAGACCAUAAGUAUUUACUGGUCAGUCUGCUUCAAAUCACCCCAUAGAUUUUGAUGAUAUUCAAGUCAGGGGACUGUGACGGCCAUUCCAGAAU